CGGCCCUGGAUGGAUUUAAACAUGUAGGUAGGGUUAUGUUAUGUUGUGUUCAUGUGACGCCUGGUGGGAGGCAGUGAGGUAAACGUCCGGGAUACACACACUCAUAACCACACAUACACGGGUCUGAACGGGAUGCCCGCGUGACUGCAGGGAGGAAAGAGGCGGCGGAGGAGAAGGAGCAGCAGGAGGAGGGGGUCUAGGUGCGUGUAUGGACCACCGCAAAACCCCAGAGGUGGAGUUGUCAAAGAUCGAAACCUGUGAGGAAACAUCCACCCGGGCCUGGCUGCUAUUUUUGGUGCAGUUUGAAAAUCGAUGGAGGAUAUUUAUUUCCUGUUCACGUCGAGGUAAUUAGUCUCCGCUUCCCGAACGAACCGAUGUGAUCUCGGGGCUCUGAUCUCCACACCGUCGUUUCUUUUUCUUCUUACGUGACGGGAUGAAAAGGAACUGAGAGAAGGUCGCGAGAGCAGGAGGAGGAGGGAGGGCACAUGUUCGGAUGUAGCUCCGGACUGGACACACGGACUGACCGGUUCAUGUUAUCUCUGCUGGGGGUGAAACGACGAGGGAUCAGAUCAGCUGCUUUCUCUGGGAUGCUUUAAAAUCUGCGGCCUGCUCGGCUCUUCAGUUACCGCAAUGCCACUGGCGAGAGGAGGCAGGAGAGGAAGAGGAGGGUGCAACAUCAAACAAAUGAGCAUAACAAUGAUGCUUGAUUAUGUUUUGACCGGUAAAUGAGAAUGCUUUAGACUGUUCUCUAUUGGUUGAAGUGGCUUUGGUUGGAAUGGACAAUGUAUAGACUGAAACAAUCAUGGCUGAAACGUCAAAUGAGGUGAGUACCGUGGCUGUGAGUGUGUAGUGGCUGCUCAAUCCUCUACUUUCUGCUGACCAAGUUCUUGGACUCCCUGACUGGACUACACCAUGGGGCACUGCGCACAACCCAUGGCACUUGCCAGUAGAGAGCUUGGUGCAUAAUUUUGACGGAGUGGAGCUCUGAAGCCAGCAUCUAUGUUUCUCCCUCUCCUACACUGCUACCCACACAACUGAACUUUGUUUUAUGAAGACAGAGUAAGUGUGAAAUCUCUCCCAGCUUCCUCCACAAACAUGCCUUCACCAUCCGACUCCAGCAGUGUGGCUUCAGCCUCGGGGUCUCGAGGAUGGUCGGAUAGUCGCAGGGGCAUGUCCGGACGGGGGCCUGGAGGAGCCCGGCUUCUCCUGUACCUGGGGUUGUGCCACCUGGGGUUAGGGGCCAUGGUUCUGGCCUUCUCUUUUACCAGUAUGGCCUUCACCUCCUCAGCCAGAGUUAGGCAAUCCUGUCCUUUCUGGGCUGGCUUUUUUGUGGUGGCAUCAGGGAUAGUAGGAAUCAUCUCAUGGAGGAGACCUCUGACACUGGUGGUGUCCCUGUUCAUGCUGCUGUCUGCAGUGUGUGUGAUCCUCAGCCUGGCUGGCUCUAUGCUCUCCUGUCAGAACGCACAGAUGGUCAAGUCUAUGCUCACCUGCCAGGUGGAGAAUGGUCUGUGUGUGUGUUGUACACCCACUCACUCCUGCUCCAUCACAGAGGAGGAGACCCUGGUGCUUUACCUGAAUGCUGACUGUCAUUCAGUCAGACAUCAGCUGAAGGACCUUUUGUUUAGUGCAUGUGGUCUCAGCAUUCUGUCCACCAUCAUCUGCACUCUGUCCACUGUGACCUGCAGUAUCCACAUAUUCUCUCUGGACCUUGUGCACCUGCUGGCCCCACAUCGCUCUCGUUCAGUCAACCCAGAAUGCACCACUCCUCAGGACGCCUUCCUGACCAACAUCAUGGACUUUGAGGAGUUUGUUCCACCCAUCCCUCCGCCUCCUUACUAUCCUCCUGAGUACACCUGCAGUUCUGAAACAGAUGCUCAGAGUAUCACCUAUAAUGGCUCCAUGGAGAGUCCUGUUCCUCUCUACCCAACUGACUGCCCUCCUCCUUAUGAAGCUGUGAUGGGGCAAAGAGCUGCUAGCCAGGCAACUAUGUAUGACGCCCACGGCACUGAGCUGUCUGGAGAGAGAGGAACUUCUACUGCCUUCAGCGGAGAAGUGUCCAUGGACAGUGGGUCUCUGUUGAUGUCAGAGAUUGUGGACAUACCUGAUGACUCCUCCCCCUCUGAGGACUCCUGUCUGAUGGAGGUUGGGCUGAGAAACCAGGGGGACAGGGGCACCAGGAGCGCUGGUGAGGGGGGAGACGGAGCAGACGGGAGCGAGUACCUCAACUUUCGUUUGCCACCAUCUCAGACACCAGAGAGUCCACUGGCUGGAGGGCCAAGAGCCAGGCGCUUCAUCAGAGGAGAGAGGUCCAAUUCCUGCUCUUCACCCAGCACGGCAACAAACACGUACAGGUCUCCAGUUUUGCGUCGCCAGGCCAUGCUAGCUAGCAGCUGUUCCCAGCUGGAAGCAAUAGGUAACUCCACCUCUCAGCAGCGAUCAUCUGUUGCAGAGACACGAGGCCCCGCCUCCUCUCCUUCACACCAAGGAGCUGCCCCAGUCUCCUCUGCUCCUCCCAUUUCACCUUCCUCAGCUGCCUGUGAGCAUAUUAUAGGUCAAGGCAAUGGACCACAGCUCCUGGGCCAACUGUUGUACCUUCGGCGACGUGCUGGAAAGAGCGAAAAGGAUGGAGAAGGCUUAAGAAGGGAUAGUGAGGGGCUCCUACGUCUGGUGAGGUCACACAGUGAGCCAGGCUUCGGUUCCUCCACCGAUACAGUCGACUUUGGCUCUGGAGGAAGCAAAGCAUCUGUAGACACAGGUCCAUCCUCUGAGGCGUGUCUGUUGCCGCGCACCUCUUUGCCUCCUGCUGCAGCUUUACCAAGGAAAGGCAGUGUAAAACCAGCAGCAGCCACUGGGGUACAGGUCCCCUCCAAACCUCCCCCCACCUCACCUCUGCGUUUACCAAAAGACUGCAACCGUUCACUUGGGGACCUAAAGGUGACCCGAGUUCUGAUGGCUCGCUUCCUGCAGCGCUCCAGACGCAACCUCUCCCCCUCCUCUGAGCAUGCUGGGAAUGCAGUUCAGGGGCCGAAAAGGAGGACUGGAGCUGAGGGUGCUGCCACCAAUCAUCUGCCCUUGGAACAAGUUUUGCGGACUCCUUGGAACACCAGCCGAGGACACCCCACCCAUCACUCCCACCACCCUCAUCGUCGCGGACACCAUCAUUCCCACAGUGACAGUCGACACAACCGGCACUACAGCGGUCGGGCUCCAGAAGGCAUCCACCUGCGGAGCUGUGGGGAUUUAAGCUCUUCUUCCUCUGCGUCACUACGUCGUUUAGUGACACCUCAUCCUCCACAUGGCUCAUCGGGGGCUCUCUAUUCAGAGUCUGCACUGUGAGAAGGAAAACUGAGGGCAUCUGAGUUCACAGGGUUGUACAGAAAACAAAGAUGGGAGGAAGUAAGGAAGCUGUAAGGCAGUUUAGAGACUGAAUUUUGAAUGACUUUCCUCCUUUUCCUCCCUGUCAACUAAAGCCAGCUGUGCAAAAGGCCUUAUUCAGUGGUGCUCUUAAUCACUCUGAACACCAACUUAGAGCUCAGAUUCUUGUCACUGUUUACCAUCAGUGAAACGGUCACUGGAUGCUUCUCUGUUUAAACAAAGGCCAGGACAGUAGAUCAGAGGCAUCAUCUCUGCUGUGUUCUCAAGUCCCUCUUUCCAAAAACUUGCCUGGAAAUUUAUUUUCCUCCUGACUGGAGGCAGAACUCAACUACAUUUCAUGCUACAACAGCUACUAACUCACAUGUGCAUUCAGUCUAUAACAUAAUUAUCGGUUGCAAUAUGCUUCUGACCCUUUUUGUACAUUGCUGGUCAUUCACAGGGUCACUCAGGUCAAGUGAUCAUGGAAAUCCUUAUUUGUCUUCCAUUUAUGAAAAAAAAAAUGCAUCUCAAAAAUUGUAGAAAGUUGGGUACAUGUAAGAUAAACAGAUGAGGUUGCACAUUAGAGCAAAUGCUCCCACACAGAAAAUCUUUUUCUGAGUUGCUGAUUUUGUAAUUUUUUUUGUGAUUCAGGUUCACACUUCUCCACGCCUUUCCACCUACAUGUUGGCCUUUGAAAAAGGCAGCCAGCAUUUUUAACAUUUACCUUAACGCACGCCACAGACACACACUCAGCCUUUAAUAUGUAUUCUCUGAUGGUGGCGCUUGGACACGGUGGUUUGAUUUGCAUAUGUGCAUGUUUUUGCAACAGCCUCCCCCAAACACAGCAGGAAACCUUGUGCAUUCGAUCCUGACCGUCUGUGUAAGUAAGUCCUCAGAAUGUCUUUAAAUGCAUGUUUUGACAAUGCUUCUUAAUUUUUUUCCUCUUGACUCUGAAACCUAUAAGAGUUGCCAUUUGAAAUGUGUUUGUUAAUAGAUAGCUGGAAAGAAGGGUCAGAGUCAAAGAUGUGCAGUGCUCCCAAAGUUUCCUGCCAGAUGGCUCCAAACAUGCCUCUGCAUCCUAAUUUAACUUUGAUAGAGAUUAAAAGUGUUUCAAGUGCACAGGUAGGAGUGAAACUGGCUUGUAAGAUAAAGAUUUUAAACUGCACUGUGACUCUGUUAAUGUAGAGUCUGUUGCAAUAAAUGUACAGACAAUAGAGGUUUGUCUUCGCACCACGUGGUGGCACAGUUCUGUCUGAAUUUGCAGGGCUUGUGGAUAGGUGCUAACAGUCUGGUAACGGUGAACAUGGGAGGUCUGACAGAACUGGAUCCUGGAAUUUUAAAUGUAUUGAUAUCUGUGGCUGAUUGGAGUUUGUUGUCUUUGAAAGUUGUUUUUGGUGUGCUCACAAGUGAUGAUACUGACUCAUUUUUGGAUACACUAACAUGUAAUUAGCUAAUUUUAAAAAUUCAAAGGAUACACAACAAGCCUGCUCAAAGAUACAGGCACACACAUACACUCCCCUAUGAAGGCACCGAGCUGUUUUUCUACCUCUCCUGUCUUGCAUAAAAAUAUUAUUUAUUUGAAGAAAAUGUAUAUCAGUAUGGCAGGCUUAAAUGAUAAAGCCUUAAAACCUAAAUAAUAAAUGUAUCUAAAUAUGACACAUAUUCCCAAAUUUUAAAUGCUGUGUCAAUGGCAAA